UGGCGUCUGACGGUGAAGACGUUAUUGCAGUCGUCACAGUUCAAUGUUCUUAAUCUGUGUCUCCAUGUACACAUAUAUGUACUUUAUUGCACUCUAGUAAAUAGAGUAAACAUCGUUAAUAACUGUUUGCAUUCGGUUAUAUUAGUGUGAGAGCUCUUUGAAGCUUCUCGAGCUAGCUUAGCCUGAUAGUCAGCUUAGCUUGUUAGCUGCUAACAAAGAGAGGCGGAAGUGAUCAAAACACAUCACUAAGUAGAGAUCAAGUGUGAGUGUAAAGUGUUGUGAUUGUGUGAAAAUGUGCCAAAGAACGACAGCAGAGUACGAGGAGGAACUUUGUCCAACAAAAGAGGAGAAGGAGCGACAACAUGAAAAACAUCAAGUUGUGUUGCACAGAACAGACAUCCAUCAGCUGAUUGAACACCAAGAAGAAUGUCUCCCUCAUCUGCAGGGGGACAGUUUCACUGUAAAGUAUCCACAGCCCUCACAUUUUAAAGGGGACAAAGAUGAGCCACAGCCCUCUUAUUUCAAAGAGGAAGAGGAGGGAGAGUGUCCUGUAGGGCAGGAGGAGGCUGAUGUCAGCAAGUUUCCACUGACUGUUGUCUCUGUGAAGACUGAAGAGCAUGAAGACAAACCACCUGAGUCCUCACAGCUUCAUCACAGUCCAAACAUCUGUGAAGAACAUUUUGACCCUGAGCAACAGAAGUGGAGCUUCAGGAUGCGAACGGAGGAGCCACAGCCCUUCCACAUUAAGAAGGAAGAGGAAUACCUACAGACCCCCAUUUUUAAAGAGGAAGAGGAGGACCCACAGACACCCCAUUUUAAAAAGGAAGUGGUGGAUCCACUGACCCCUCACUCUAAGGAGGAAGAGGAGGACCCAGUGACCCCUUACAUUAAAGAGGAAGAGGAGGAAGAGGGCAUCAGUCAGCCUAAAUGGUUGGAGGAGUUCCCAGUGACUGGUGUCCCUGUGAAGAGUGAAGAUGAUGAGGUGAAAGGUGAAAGUGAGGAGAGGGGAGGGGGGGAGCCUCCAAGCAGCAGCUCAACACAACACAUGACAACAGAAGCUGAUGGAGACCACUGUGGAGGAUCACAAGCAGACAAGCUCUUAGCUCCACUAUCAGAUAGUGAGGACACAACGUCACACUCUCCUGACACUGAUGAUGAAGACUCUAAAGAUGAUAAGACAUGUCACACUGACAACACUCACUUCACAUCUUCUCUCUGUCACAAAACCCUUAAAUACCGUCGUAGUCUGAAAAGACACAUGAGAACACACACUGGAGAAAAACCUUUUACUUGUUCAAUCUGUAGUAAAGGUUUUACACAAAAUCACAAUUUGAAAGUCCACAUGAGAACACACACUGGGGAAAAAAAAUGUUCUUGUUCAAUCUGAGGUAAAGGUUUUGCACAAAAUCUGGAUUUGAAAAGACACAUGAGAACACACACUGGAGAAAAACCUUAUGUCUGUUCAAUCUGUGGUAAAGGUUUUACACAAAGUCCAUAUUUAAAAGUACACAUCAGCAUACACACAGGUGAAAAACCUUAUGUCUGUUCAAUCUGCGGUAAAGGUUUUACACAAAGUCAAUAUUUGAAAGUACACAUGAGAACACACACUGGUGAAAAAAUAUUUUCCUGUUCAAUCUGUGGUAAGGGUUUUACACAAAGUCAAUAUUUGAACCCACACAUGAGAACACACACUGGUGAAAAACGUUUUUUCUGUUCAACCUGUGGUAAAGGUUUUACAAAACGUCAAGAUGUGAAAGUACACAUGAGAACACACACUGGUGAAAAACCUGUUUCUUGUUCAAUCUGUGGUAAAUGUUUUACACAAAGUCAGGAUUUGAAAAGACACAUGAGAACACACACUGGUGAAAAAUCACAUUCCUGUUCAGUCUGCAACAAAAGCUUUUGUGACCGAUCAAACCUUGAAGCACACAUGAGAAGACACCCAGGAGAGAAAGUGUUGAGUUGCAGUGUGUGUGGUGAAAGAUUGUCUUCUAAGUAGCAGUGUAAGAAACACAAGUGUGCUGGUGAGAACAGCAGCAGCAAAUGAAACUGCAGGAUUUGAAAUAAACUGUCCAGACUUUCAUUUUGACUUUCUAACAACAUCAGCACAUAUAACAUGUGUGACAUUGUUGUUUGUCUAACAAUCUGUUUAAUAUGAGUCUACAUUUAUAGAGUAGAUAUUUUAUAUUAGUGCUUUUUUCAGUCAAAUACAUGCAUAAAUAUGCAACAUUGUGUACUUUUAUUAAAACAUGGACAGAACAAUUUGAGUAAAAAGGUGGGAAUAAACAGUACGGGACAUAUUUUACAUGCAAUAAUCAUUUUAUGGGUGUAUAUAUAUAAAUAUAUGUAUAUGUGUGUACGUAUAUAUGUGUGUAUGUAUAUGUAUAUAUAUUCAGCAUACAAUUUUAGACGUAUUCAUAUGAAAUAUUGAAGUAUUACAUAUUUGUAUUUGUAAUUGUUAAUAAUCCCAUAGAUUAGCACCUUUAUAUGAUAUACAUAUGUACUGGUUCACAUCUGAAACAUCUUCUGGACCACUUCAGGAAGCAUAUUAUUAUUUACUUUAUACAUCAUUUGAACAGUUGUCUUUUAUACAAUUGUAAAAUGUGUGUCUCUUUGAAUCUUUUGUUGGGUCUCUAUAAUCUAUUUUAUUCAUUACCGUUAUUACUCUGUAUUAUGAUGAUUGUGUUGUGAUUAUUUUAUAUGUAUGUCCCCAGACCUUUAUGCAAUAUAAAAGUGAGAGAAAAUGUCUGAAUUGUUUGUGAAAGGAUGGUUUUGUUUUUACAAACUUACAUUUGUGGAUACAUCAAAUAAAUCCAGUAUUGUGUUUUAAAUAUUCCUAUGUUUUUUUUUGUUUUUUUAACAUCCCAAAAACAUCAAUAUCAGUCAAAGUUUGGAGUGUCAGACAAAAGCCAAUAUUGUACAUCAUCCCACAGAGAUUUACUUUGCAUACAUUCUUAAAAUAAACUGUUUAUUUUGUUUCCCUAUCACAAAAACAAACAAGUGUUGUCGUCAAUUGCAAAACAACAUCCUAAAAAAUAUUUUAAGUGGUUAAUUAUGUUUGUUUUUUUUAUAAAUUAACUCCUUUGCC